AUGUCUUUCUUUUAUCGGUCCUUCGCCAACUCGCUUCUACCGAAGCAGUUGCUUCGCUUUAUCUUAGCGCGCCUAGACCUCCUCGACUCCCAGGCACUUGAUCUAGAUAACCUCAACUUUGCUAUUGGGCGAAAUACUGUUUUAGAGUUUCGUGAUGUUGGACUUAUUCUAUCCAAACUUGAAGCCCUCACAAACCUUCCCCCAACGUUCAAGAUCCAAAAGGCCAAAGUCCUCCUACUCCGCAUCACAAUACCGGUCGAUAUCUACAACAGUCCAAUAAUAGUCGAGGUUGAAGGCGUCGAUACUCGGAUACGGGUGGCGUCCAAGCAAGAGCAGGAUGAACAAACGGCCAGAAACAAAAAGGGAACACACAAGGACGGCGACGAGGUUGUGCCAACUGCUGCCGACCUAGCUCAGUCUUUUCUGCAGACAGAAAUCCCGACUGACGAGCAGAGACGGCUGGAAAAGGCUCUUGCCGAAGAAGCACAGGAGGCGUUAUCAGAGUCCAUGAGCGACUCCGAAACCGAUGACGAUGGCUCCUUCGCCACCUUCGGCACUGGCCAAGGCUUGUCACUACCAACGUUCUUGACCAAUUUCCUGCAGGGCAUUUUGGACAGGCUCCAGAUCCGAAUCCACAAGGUCACCUUCCAACUCGACAUGCAAGUACCCGUCGAACCCGGUCUCUCGACAACAGAACUUGUUACGUUCCAGCUGGCGUUAGACGAGGUCAUUGCGGAAGGAGUCACAGCACCUGGACAGCAAAAAGACGGUUCGCCUGCCAUAGUACCGAGGGAGGGCAAGCGCCAUAUUCUUCUGGACAAUCUCCGGGCAUUCCUGAUCACGGAAGCGAACGUGUUUUCUUCUCUCCAACCGACCCAGUCAGCUCAAUCCUUGGUGAAACCACAAGGAUCAGCACCUCAUGAUGUACCCUCAACACUUCGUGAUAUGUUGGGUUCGAUGCAGUCAUCAGUGGGAGGCCUGGAUAUGAGCAUAAGCCCAGAUCAGAUGGAAGCCCUGGAUAUGCUUGCACAGAGCCAAUACGAAGUACGAGAUAGCGAAGAUGCUCUGAAUAUUCCGUAUGAGAGCGACGCUCAGCAUCCAGAGGCCGAAGAGAAUGUUGCUGGAUCUUCGCCUCUCUCAACACCGAGGGUCUCAAUGUACCAAGAACAUGACACACCAAUGCUCCAAGACCAUGCCAACUCAGCUAUCAUGCAACAUCAGCCGGAACUUUGGUCGUCCUACGAGCGCGGAAUCCGAUCAGAACCUUCUCUUCAUCCUCCAACAAGUUUUCAACCUCAAACCACGCCCUCUGGUGCUGUGUCUCCGGCUCCCUCUGAGCCUUCUUCGUCUGCCAGUUCGGUACGGUCGGACGACGAUACGCCAAGCGCUGAUACGGAGGACCUCGCACAGUCACAUCUCUACAGUCACGAGGAGGCUGAGAGCAUGUACAUGAGCGCUUUUUCUGAUGCUCAUUCGACACUGAUGCCAGGAGCUUAUAUGCCUGGAGGUUGGGGCGCUGAAUCGGAAGGGGGCGAGUCAGCCUCCGAGCGAGACCUCUCAACCACCCAUCCAGUCGCAGGUGAACCGCAAUCAUCAACCACUGUUGUCUCGGAACUGGCUAGCCCAACACCUAUACCCGAGCAAGACCCAACAGCCCAAGGUUAUGAGCCACAGCAUGAAGAUACUUCCACACCACGUGGGAUUACGAGGAUGGUAAAGGAGAUCGUAUCAUUGGACUCCAUAUCUGUCUAUGUCCCUUCAACGAGAAAGCAGGUUCUGGCACCAGUCACCAAUCUUGCAAAGUCAAAUCCUAACCUUCCAGGAGCGUUUUCGGUUCACCAAUCAUUUCACAGUAGUACUACGGAUCAGUCGACGCUUUUAACCCCAGAGAACCUAAAAGAAGAUCGCCAGGAUGAGGCUAUCGAAAUCGUUCUCAAGCCUCUGACACUCCGGUUCGACUCGUCAGUGGGAUUCUUGCUCGCUAUGGUUGUUACACGGCUCCUGGAAGCGUUCAAAGGGUCUUCAGACGAGGCGACAGAAGUCAAGCCUUCAAGUACCGAAUCGAUUUUACCUGACAUCAAGGUUUGCUUGGAGCAAAUUACGAUGCAGUUUCUGGAGGAGCUGACUGGUGUGGCCGACUCUGCAAAGAGGAUAUACGAGACACAAAAACCCGAUUUCGGCUCAGAUGUCCUCCUUGAGGCGAGUCUUACGAACUUGAACGCCUUUACGCACCAGUCCGGAUCGCAAACAGAAGUAAACGUCAGCAUCGAGAAGUUCGCGUUCAAUUACGCCGAUGAAGCCAUCGUCUCGUUCACUGGCGAGGCUGAUUUGUUCCAAUCCACAGCAACUGUUGAUAUGCUAUCUGUUGGGAAGGAUAUCGCAGUCAAGGCCACCAUCACACCAGAUGUGACUCGGGUUGACGUCAAAACACUACCGCUCUACCUAAAGCUCGAUUUACAGAGGUUAGACGAGACUUUCAGCUGGUUUGGGGGGCUGAGCGGUUUCCUCAAUAUGGGAGCGUCAGAGGACUCCGUAGCAAAGGCAGUACAGAUACCAGCGAAGCCCCCACAAAAGACGCGGGGCGUCCGAUUCGAAACCCCGAUUGAUCCUAUGGAGAAGCGGUCAGGGAGCAAGAUUGAUGUACGCAUCAAUGGCGUGCACGUGGACGUGAUCGGCAAAGACUGCAGGGCAGUCCUGAACACGAGCGCUCUCAAGCUCGUACACCGCGAAGAGGCAAUUGCCGCUGUGCUUAAAACGAUCAGGCUCUCCGGGCCCUACGUAAAGAAUUCCCAUGCUAGGGCGCCAGUCCUACUCGAGUUGGAUAGUACAAGGCUGGACUACAUCUUGACACCUCGGACCAGGGACCUCGAACGGCUUCUUGAGCUUAUUACUCCCUCAAAGGUCAAGUUCGACGAGGACGAAGAUGAGAUUAUGGUGGAUACUCUGCUAAGGCAGAGGAGGAAGGGGGGAGUUCUUGGGCUAGAAGUUAAGAACUUCAAAGUAAGGGCGGGCAACUUGGCUUUGCUUGAUUGUAUCCCGAGUUUGGUGGAGGAUCUUGCCAAGCUAGGGACGGUCGCAAAGUAUUUGCCCGAGGAUGACAGGCCUGGGCUGCUUACGCUUGGGCAGGUCACAAACGUGGAUUGUGAAGUCGACGUUGGAGGCAGGUUCGGAGUUGUAAACGCGCGUUUGACAAACCUUGAGCUCGCCCAGAUCACGGUGCCGUCGUUGGUGGCUGUCGCGGUUGGCGGUAUUACGGUCAAUCGGAACGAGAACAGCCCGAUCGAGGAGGAGCUGGUUAGCACUUCCACUACCCAUGCUCCGGGUUCCUCAAAUGCGCCCGUCUUGAUGAUGCGCAUGAUCGACGAUAUCGAACCGGUGUUGAAGAUCAAGUUGUUCGGAUUGAAUGUGGAUUACCGGGUACCGACAAUUAUGGACGUGCUGGGGCUCAUUCAGGAAGACACCACUCCAGAGGAAUUUGAGGCCAACUUGACUGCGUCUGUUGCGAACCUUGGAGGCCAGGCGACUGCUGCGCUGAGAAGACAAGAUACGCCAGAGAGCCCACUGGUGGAAAAGGAGUUCAAGCCCAUCAAGCUUGAUGUAGCUUUCCGCGACUGUGUUGUUGGCCUCAAUCCUCUUGGUCAGGAUUCGAAGCUGGCUAUCGUACUGGCGGACUCGCAUCUGGAAGCCAUACCGGGCAAGGACAGCACGCUUGACGCCACAGCAACCUUGAAGAAGGCGUGCAUUCUUCUCAUUGACGAUGUGAAAACCCUGCAAGACGUCCAGAUCAACGCACGAGGACGCGCUCCAGCUAUGAGCACUCCUCAGGCUCUUGAGCUAUGCAGCAAGGGAUUCGUCAGCAUUUGCGAGAUAUCAUCUGCAAAAGCCGUCGUCAAGGUUGGCAAAGACGAGAAUGGGGAAUCCCACAUAGAGGUGUCUGUCCGCGAUGACUUGCUUGUUCUCGAGACUUGUGCGGACUCAACGCAGACGCUCAUCUCGUUGGCCAACGCACUCACGCCACCUACUCCCCCUAGCAAGGAAAUCAAGUACAGGACGUCCGUGUUGCCUGUUGAGGAUCUGUUCGCGUCUAUUACCCCUGACGCGUUUGGAAGAGCGGAGGGCGAGUAUGACUUUGACAAUGACUUUGCGGGUGCUCAGGGCAUCGAGUGUGGCAAUGAAGACGAUGAUGACUACUAUGGCAUAGGAAGCACGGAGCAUCUCGAAGUCCAGUCAGAGGGGUAUGGUGUCGCGGAGGAGUUGUUCGAUGCUACGAACAGUUCGCUACUCGGCGAUAUUGAGGUGGAGAAUACGAAUGACGGCAUGCUGGUUAGCACUGCAAACCUUGACGUGCCUCCGGCCAGCAGCCAGAGUGAGAGUGACUUGGAUAUUCAGGAGAAUUACUUCUCUUCUGAACCAGUCAAGAACACAACGCUCCGCUGGAACUCGAGGAAAAACCUUUACGAUCAGUCGAGUGAUGCCAAGGUCUUCAAGAGCCCUCUCGUCAUCUGCGUUCGGGAUGUUCAUGUCAUCUGGAAUUUGUAUGAUGGUUACGACUGGGUUCGCACCAGGGAGAUUAUCACCAAGGCGGUCCAGGAUGUGGAGGCUAAGGCGUACGAACGUAAAGCCCGAGCUGACCGUCACACUUAUGAGGAUGAAGGAGAUGAAGAAUCGGUCGUUGAUGACUGCUUGUUCAACUCCAUAUAUAUCGCGGUGGGACCCAACGGUGACCCGAGUAACCUUAGACGGGCUAUCAACCAGGAAUUGCAGUAUCAGGACACCACCACCGAAACCGAGUCCGUCGCCACCACGGCAUUCACCACCUCGACUGUCCGCGCUUCAGGACAGCGUCAAUCGCGGCCAAGAGGCAAGACGCUGAAGCUUAGCCGCAGCAAGAACCACAAGAUCACGUUCGAACUAAAGGGCGUCAACAUCGAUGUAGUGACCUUCCCACCCGGCAACGAGACCAUCAAUACCAUCGAUGUUCGCAUCCACGACUUGGACGUCUUUGACCACAUCCGGACUUCAACAUGGAAGAAGUUCGCCAUGUAUGACAUCGACGCCGGCGAACGGGAGCUUAGUAAGCACAUGGUCCAUCUUGAGGUGCUCAAUGUCAAGCCUGUCCCGGACUUGCCGGCUACGGAGCUCGUGGUCAAGGUUAACAUACUUCCACUGAGACUCCAUGUCGACCAGGACGCUUUGGACUUCAUCACGAGGUUCUUUGAGUUCAAGGAUGAGACGCAGCCUAUCCAUCAAUCGUCGAGCGAUGUACCGUUUAUUCAGCGCUGCGAGGUCGGUGAUGUGCCAGUGCGGUUGGACUUCAAGCCGAAGCGGGUUGACUAUGCCGGGCUAAGGUCUGGUCACACGACAGAAUUUAUGAACUUUGUCAUCCUUGAGGAUUCCAGGCUGGUGUUGAGACAUGUUAUACUUUAUGGCGUCUCCGGAUUUGAUAAGCUGGGCAAGAAGCUCAACGACAUCUGGACCGCCGACGUCAAGUCGACUCAACUUCCUGGUGUCCUUGCCGGCGUGGCGCCCGUUCGCUCGCUCGUUAAUGCCGGAUCGGGCUUCAAGGACCUCAUUGAGAUACCCAUCCGGGAGUAUAAGAAGGACGGUCGAAUCUUCCGCAGCAUCGGUAAAGGAGCUACAGCGUUCGCAAAGACAACGGGCACCGAAGUCGUCAAACUCGGUGCCAAACUCGCCAUUGGCACUCAAUACGCCCUUCAGGGCGCAGAAGGCAUGCUGGCCAAGAACCCACCCAACUAUAACCACGCCGGUCCAUCCUCUUCCUCCGCCGGCGUACCAGCCGGAGUAGACUACGAAGUCUGGGACGAAGAGGACUUUGGAGAUCACCACACACCCAAGGCAAUCAGUCUGUACGCCGACCAACCAUUAGGUAUCAUGCAAGGCAUGCGUGGUGCCUACGCCAGCUUAUCUCGGGAUAUUGCCAUUGCCAGAGACGCCAUCAUUGCGGUGCCCACUGAAGUGAUGGAGAGCUCGAGCGCACAGGGAGCGGCGAAGGCAGUGCUGAUGCAGGCGCCGACGAUUUUGUUUAGGCCGGCGAUCGGAGUGUCCAAGGCGAUUGGGCAGACGUUGUUGGGAGCGACGAAUGCGUUGGAUCCGAAUCAUCGGAAGAGGAUUGAGGCGAAAUACAAGAAGCAUUAAGCGUAGGGCAGCAGCAGCAGCAGCGACGGCCCUUGCAAUCUCUGUCAAACACGGUUAUAGGUAUGGAAUCACGGAAUGUAUGAGCGAUACGGCUAUUGAGGGUUAUGUUGUUUUAUUGAGGUCUGAAUGACCAUGGAAGCAACGAAACGAUAUUACUGUUUCCGUUUGACAAGAGGAAAGACUCUUCGUUUUCCAUUCUUCUUGUCAUGGAUAUCAACAAGCAUGAAACG